CCCGCUAAUUUCUGCUUUGUUUCAGUGAUUUGCUUGACCAAUCGACAAGAGGCGGUCUGAAUUCUACAAAAGCCAUGCUGAGCAAGCGUUACGCGAUUUCAAAACUGAAUAGCUGGGUUAGGAUUCUUGCCAAGAUUUGAUCGUUAGGGGUUUUACGCCAGUGGAAUAUUCCUUAACGGAGUUCACAUGCACUUCAUGGUUUCGGCAUAAAUGGUUCACUCGUGUUUUUGUGCAAAUAAUAGGCUCAUCAGGGCUAAUGCAUCAAAUUUUUUGGAUAAGUUCUCGUACUUCUUCGUCGAUUAGAUGAUUCAUGUGUCUGUGGAUUUUCGUGACGCCGUUUGUCUGCGACGUUCGCUAAGUAUUUUGUCUGACGGAUGUGUCUGCUGGUGCAGACUGCUUUGUGAAUAAGUUGUAAACAUGCUUGCCUAAGGCUGAGUCACAUUUGCAUGCUCGCCUUCGAUGCGUAUGAAAAGCUAGCUGUACUUUGAGACGUCACUAGUUAGGAUACUAAAGCAGUUGUUUGUUCUCGCUUGGCCAGUAAUUGCUCCUGAAGGUUUUGUCUUUGGCCGCGGAUAAUUUCUGGACAACAGCACAGCGGAUUUCAUAGGGAUUUGGAUAGAUCCACGUUUGAUGUCAGAAGAAAGUUUGUUGUGUUCAACAUUAUGCCGAUCAACUCGAUGUUUCUAGCUAUUUUUCGAUCAAAGUGAUUCUUACUGAUAUUUCGCACAGCAUCAAGUUUGGAUACAUAAAAAUUCAAUCAACUGCUGCUCCGUUUUGCAAGGAUCUAUGAAGCCCAGUAACUCAGUUAUUUUUAACUGCUGCGAACAGCCUGCCAGAUCGCCAUUUCUUGCGGAGUGUUUCCUCGAAAUUUGAAGGGAUUUCGCCUGUUUCCUUUCUUCAUUGGGAAGGAGUUUAUUUUCGAGUCAAAAUAUACGACAUAGCUAACAUUUGGGCGCGUUUUUCGGGCUCGCUGCUUGUGUAUUUCAGAGAGUUUCAUCGAAAAUUUAGAACGACAAUUUCGAAGGCUUCGAGACAGCCGUGGCGAAACAGUUGUGCUGGACAAUUCGACCACGUCUUCGCCGCUAUUUGCAGUAUUUUGCGAUUAAAAGAGAGCAUUUCGAAGUUCUGGUCAAGGAAAGCUGUUGUGAGGGGAGAGACAGACAAUAUGAAAGGAAAUUCUUGAAUCUGCGGCUUUCAUUCAACGAAUUUGACCGUGAAACAUUGAUGGCGAUCGUCGCUUGAAGCAACGAACGGUCGUGGGAAUUAAUUUGAAAAUUUGGCUGGAAUUCUCAAACUUCUCGGUUGGUAUCGUUAAACCGUAAUUUGUUUUGAUAACCUGUAGUUUCGGAGGACAAUAUUUUGGGAGAUAGCCAGAAACUUGUACACACAGAGUACACAUUCAAAUUGUGGCUGCCGCAUUGGUUGACGGCCUGCUGCUGGAUUGUGUUGUUAACUGAGAACGAAGAAAAAUGUCAUCGUUUCACUCAGCUAUGGAUAUAAGGAUGCAUCAUCGUGAACCUAUUCGUGAUCCUUUACUCGAUUUGAUCCUUAAAAAGUACAGCCAGGCAGCUCGAGACUCAAUUCGAGGACCUGUUGCUACAAAAUCUGAUAUGAAAGCCUUCAAGAAUGUAAGGCAAGCAAAUCUUAGGGCGGAAUCGAAAGAUUUUAAGCUGAAAAAAGAACCCGAUCCUAAUAAACUUCGCGAGACGAAUUUAGACGGCUUUAAUGUCGGUUCCUUCAGUUCUGGAGGAGAAAAGAGGCUAUGCUUCACUGAACUUGUCCAGAAUGUGCUCAAAGACUACAACGUGCAUGAAAUUUUCAGCCGGAGGGAUGAACUGCUGGUUUAUUGCUCGAAAUGUACGCCUCAGCAACUCGAUGCCUUAAAACUCGCAGGAAUCUUACCGUGGACUUCGACAUCAAGCAAUUUAAUUACUAAGAGCGACGCUUAUCGUUUGUGGGGAAGCUUGUACGGUCCUCGCGCUCCGAAAGUUGACCCGAAAACCCGCGGACGGGGAACGCUCAAUUUUGAGGUUUAUCACGAGUGCUUUGGUGGAUGUGUCGGUGUAUUUGAGCCAGAUCUGUACACAGAACCGACUUCGCAAUGCAUACGUUGUACAGAGUGCAAUGGCCUAUUUUCUCCAAAGAAAUUUGUUUCCCACAAUCACACAUCAUUCGACGAAGUACACACGUGCCACUGGGGUUUCGAGAGUUCAAGAUGGAGGUGUUAUUUAUUGUUGGUAGAACAAAAGCCAACAAGAGAGUUAAUGAUUCUAUGGGACAGUGUAAAGAGCAAGUUUAAUAACAACCUUGCUAAAAAGUCUGGAUCUUCAGACAAUGUAGAAAAGCAGGAUCCAGACUUUGUGGCUUUUAUAAAGUCUCCUGAGAGAAAAAAGGCCACAUUCUCACCAAUUGAGACAUUGAGAAUAGAUAGAGAGGCCAGGCUGUCUUCUUCAGACACAGAUUCCUCAGAGGGACGUCCAUCUUCUGCUAAUGAAAUAAAGGACACAGCAAGACAUUCAGCCUUUCACCCAUGGUCACCCACACACAAGCUCCCAUCUCAGAGAAGAGAAAUGGAGACAACAAGCCAAGCACAUUUCAUUUUUCCAUCUGGUAGCAAGAAAAGUGACCUCAACAUCAGUGCCACACCAAAACCGUCUCACAGUUACCCAAGCAGGGGGAGCUACCAACAUGCAGCAAACCUUGCUGUUGUUCAUGCUCAGUGUGGAUGCCCUGCACCCCUUGGGUCAUCCCCACUCUAUUUGUCAUGUCAACAAUGUAAGAAUGCUGCUGCUGCAUCAUGUAGUGGGUUGCAACUUUUGGCACAAAAAGCAUCAGAAAGACCGGGAGAAAAUGACAAAUCAGGACUUGACUCUGGUGGCCAGGGCUCUUGCCCAGCUGGUUGUGAAAGGUGUCAGUCUCAAAGGUCAGGGAGCAGUGACAGCUUAGAAAGCACUGUAGAAAAUAUUUUGAGAAAGUACAUGUCCUCAGAAGUCAAGCAACCAAACAUCAGUGAUGUCAGUCAAAUAUUAGCUAGUGAAUUAAAGAAGUUACAUUUGAGUGAGGAGGACAAAAUUAGAGAGCUUACUUUGCAGAAUCAAAGGCUACAGGCAGAAUUGCAUUUGAUGAAAAUGAACUAUGAAAAGAAAUUUUCAGAGUCGCUUGAAACUAAGAGGAGGGUGGAACAAGAACUAGAAAUUGUUCAAAGGGAGCACCAGAAGGACAUUGCUCGAUUCAACCGCAUAACUUGGGAAUUCCAACAAGAAGCCAAUAGACACAAAGCUGCAAGUGAUUCUGGGGACACAAGAGAGACAAUUGAAGCUUUAAGGAAAGAAUCAAAACUGCUGCAGGUGCAGUUAGAACAAAGUCAAAUUGAGCAGGAAAACUUAAGGAAACAGGUGCAGAACCUCCUUCACAGCAGCUCUUAUAGUAAACCUGUGCCGCGACAAAGUUCAAACAUGGAUAUUGACUAUCCACAAGCACAGAGCAUUGUGAGGCACUUUCCUGUCCAUCUGAAACGGGAAGCAGAUGAAGAUCCAAUGGAUUCAUGGAGAGGAAUAUCACCAUACACAUCAGGGAUGUCUACACAGAGUACAGCACUCUCAUACCAAAGGGAAAAUACAAGGGACAGCCAGGUGAUCAUCUGCCCAGGAGGAGCCAACCCGGAGAAAAUGAAGAGAACUCUUGAUGCGAUAGAGACAUCCGAUGAGAGUGAUGUUGAAAUAGAAACAUGAGGUAUUUUUACUUGUUAAGUACUUCAUUUAGCAAUCAUCACUUGUUUCUAUAGCCUGUAGCCAUGUACUUAUUAGGAAUCAAUACUUUACAAAACAGUAGGUUCAUUUCACUUUGAAAUUUCAAGGGGUCAGGCAUACCUUUUCAUGGUGGUAGAAUUUUAAUUUGACAAAUACAAUUUUAAUCCUGCAUUCUGACUCUCAGAGGCCUGUCAUGAUGUCUCUUUGGGGAUUUUCAAGGUCCAGCUCUUAAACAUGACUGAGUUGACCAAUAUAUGUAAGAUUUAAAUUUUACUGACAAAAUGAGAAGGUUUGUAAGUCAUACUAAGGUAGACAACAACAUAAUUUUGUUUGUAUGAUGUUAGUUGUUGUUCUCUGAAUAGUAUUUGAUAAAAAGUAAUAUUCUUAUUGGAACAUCCCUUAGGCAUUACUAGAGGUCAGUAUUUUCCAAGUUUUAUUGGAAGUUUUUUGACUUUACAACACCUUGCAUCAAACCUGUCUAAUUAAGGUUCAAAAGGUGAAGUUAAUAGGAUGCAUAUUAUGCUGUUUUGCUGGUAUGCUCCUUUUUCAAAAAAUUGAUUUCAAAUCAACUUCAAAACCAUCAGCAACCAUUGCUAAGCCCCAAUAAUAUAAUACCUUUAUGUUUUCAUAUUUUUGUUUUACUUUGCAAGGAAAACUUAUAGGAAUCAUACAUCUGAAUAAGAAAAAAAACCAAAAAGUAUUGAUUGAUCAGGUCUGGCAUGUACAUGGCCUUAACUGCUAGUGCCAUUAUAAAUAUAUACAUAUUGUUAUGCUGCUAAUUUAGGCUAAUUGUGAUUUUUAUGUAGCGUUUUGAGUUAGAACGUGUAAAGGGAAAACAGUGACUUAAAAUUUUGAGGUAAAAGCCAAAUUUUGAUAUCAUUUAAGGUGUUGUUGAACUUGGCAUUUUUAUUUUGAUUUUAUGUAUGAAUUAUUACUGUGUAACUCUGUAGCUUGUUUAAAUUGAGAAUUACUGUAAUAUCUCUAAGUGUUUAAACAAGUUGGUAAUGCAACAGACUAUGGGUGGCAUGAAGUUUUGCAUUUUGUUGUUUAUUUUAGCUUAAUAGAGUAGGAAAGUUGGAUGAUCAGAUUUAUGCAAGUUUUCUUUGUGGCACUUGCAAGUUUAUUGUUUGACAUAAGAAUUAUAUGUUAAACUUUGAUUUAGGUGCUAGAGUAGUAAGUAUGUUUAAAGAAUAGGAUAGAUGUUAUCAAUAAGAUUCCAAGAAUAGAUUUAACUCUGGUCAGCUUUCAUGUGGGCUGUACUUUUAACUUCCUGGUGUGAAUUUUAGAUUCUGUUUCCAGUUGCUCCUUUUUGCCCUUUUUACACAUCAUGCCACUAUUGUUUGUUGUAUCUGUGUAUCAUAGUGUCUUGCAGAAAUGCCUAGUGUUUUUGUAUCUUAUAGUAACUUUGACAUUCUCCAGGAUUCAAUAUACUAAACAUAAAAUGAUUUAUUCACGACGAAAUGAUACAUUUUGAGAUGUCUUAACAAUAAAAAGAAAUCAGUGGAACAUGUAGUAUGUCCAAAGUUAUCUAGUUAUCAUCAGUAUGUUGUGGAUUAAAAGCAACUUUCGUGAAAUAAAGGUGUUUUUUGAAGGCAAUCUUAUGUUAUUUGCAGCCUAUUGGCACAUGUCACCCUUCCAUCAUCAAGUUAAUACCAGUGAUGUUAGUCCUUUUAGAUUCAUCAAUGAGGGGUAAAGGGUAGAAACUUGUCCAUUGAUUUUUUAAGAGGAAUUUGACUUUUACUUCAGCAGACUAGAGAGGUGCAAUGUAAUGCCAAUUUUAAAAUGCUGUCAUCCUCUCCAAACCCAGGCAAGUACUAGCAAAACAAUGAUAUAACAUCAUCAUACUUAAGCUCAUAUAGGAAGCUUUUAUCUUGAGUAGGUUGCAGUUAAUGUUACCCUCCUGCUUUCAAAACUACCCCAACCCGCCCCUGCUUCAAAAAUCUACCAAACAGAACUUGAAAUGUUCUCAGCCACACUGUUUGCAACUCACUCAUCAUGCACUAGAAAUACUGAUGAAGAAUGCGUAUCAUGCUAAGCCCUCCUGCCCAGUUUUGUCUGAUGUGUUAUCUUUGAAACUCCCAUUCAAUCAGUUACUGCAAAUGUUUAUCGUAGCUUGGAGAAUUGUUAAUUAAAUAUGUAUACAGAAUUAUGGUAUAGUAGAAAAAUUAGUAUGUUUUCAUUCCGUUUUGCCGUGGA